AUGGAAGAAAAUGAAGAAAUCGAAGAGAAUGAAGAGCCAACGGCUCUUACAUGGCAAAAGCGCGCCAAAAUGGCACUUCCGCAUGCCGGGUUAUACCUUUCACUCUUCGUUUAUUUGAUGGUUGGAGCAGCAGCCUUUCACUGGCUAGAAUAUGAAGCAGAUGAGAAGAUUCAACAUGAGAAGUUAGAACGAAUCAAGCAUGACUACAGUAUGAUCGACGCUGCUCUGAGAGAAUUGGCCCCAAAAGACAACUACGAGCAAUACAAAGGAAGAAUUUUUGAGCAGCUUGCAGAACUUUCCUCACUUCACGAAGGACGUCCUUUCCAUCUAGAGGACGGUAUGCCUUCCGAAGAAUCUUUGCCUCCACGCUGGAGUAGAAGCAGUGCUUUCCUCUAUGCUCUCAGCAUUUUGACAACCACCGGCUAUGCUUACGCGGUACCUGUAACUCCGUUCGGCCAACUUCUCGCUAUUAUCUACGGAUUGAUAGGAAUUCCUAUUAUGGUGUUGGCUGCAGUGGACAUUGGGCGAUUCCUUUCUCACAUUGUGCUUGAACUGUACUCCAAGUAUCAAGCCAUGCUUUCAUCACUGAAAUGUCGCACGAAGAUUUCCGCCAGAACGGCUACGGUACUGAAGAAGAAGAAAUCUCGGCAAAGGUCGAAACCUCCAUCAGUGGAAGAACACGAAAUGGAAGACAGAGUUGAAGGUGCAGAGGAAGAGUCAAUAGAAGAGAAACCACCAAAUGCCAAGCGUUUGCCGCUUAGCAUAAAUGCAAGCAUUCUUUUAGUAUUCUGCAUGAUGGGUGGAGUCACAUACAUCGCUGCAGGUGGUAAAGCAACGUUCCUGGAAGCAUUCUUUGUCACUUUCAACUUGGUUGCCAAUCUUACUAUGAGCGAAAUGCCAAGCGAUCUGAACCAUGUGCUUACACUGAUCUACAUCUUUGUUUUCGUCACGUUCGGAGUUGCUGUACUGUCAAUGUGUGCCGAGCUAGCCGCACUUGAGCUGAAGGACAUCUUCCUCAAGAUCCACUACUUCGGACGCAAAAUCAAAUUCAAACGUAGACACAAAAAGGAACAGAUGGAGGUUGAAGUCAAAGAGCUGCUCAAGAUCAUCGAAGAAAUACGGCGACGUUACCCCGAAAAAGAACGCAUCACUUCUCUGGAUAUAUUACAGUACAUGAACGAGGAAGCUCCCAAACCUGUAGUCAUAGCAGAACGCCGUGAUACGAUUGCUUUCCAACCACAAACCAUGGAGAUCCUAAAAUUUGCCGACGAACAAGAUCUUGAGGACAGGAGUGCAAGUAGAUUGGAAGAGGUCCCACUCAUUGAGAAGAACGUGGUCAGGGGUAAAAAGAGUGGCGACUCUUCUUCUCAACACCGUUCAGUAAGAAAGAAAUGCGAUUCGGAAGCAUCAAGAACAACGAGGCUCGUCGAUGUGCUGCAGUUUUCCGAAGACAUCGAUCUCGAACAUCGCUUUUACCAUGAACUUCGCAAGUAUACAAGAGAGCACAGAAUAUGUCAGCAAUGAUUAGCUUGCCACAGACUGUUUUUUUAACAAUUGCAGUACUCAUGAUUUACUUUUUCAAUUGCAAUUUUUCUACUAACCACUACAGUUUAUAAUUCGAAGAAUACAC